CUGAUUCUGUAAACUCCACAUGUUGUGUUCUUUUCUCUUCAAAGGUAAAAGGCACAAAGAUGUCGACAGGCCAUCACGAGCACUGUGACAAAUGUUACAGUUUCCACUGUCAAGCCCCGAUGCAGACCCCGUUCUCAUGCAUGGUCAUCAAGUGUCACAGAAACUGCGGCGCCACCUUCCACAUGUGCAAGCAUGAUGAGCACCGGCUCCUCUGUCCAAAUGAGACGGUCCCAUGUCUCAAUGCUGAUUACGGCUGUCCACUCACAAUGCUGCGCCACAAGCUGGCCAAACACUUGGUGGUUUGUCCUGCCAGCAUUGUCUGCUGCUCUCAGGAGUGGAACCGUUGGCCAGUUCCGGAUACCGACAAGGCCUUUUACGCAAAUAUUUCUGAAAGUCGUCAGUUAGACUCUGAGGCAAGCCUCGACGUUGCUCUGGCUCUGAGGGAUCAAGCCUUGCUGUUUCGGUCCAUCAAAAUGAAAAAGGUUUUUCCAGAGCUGACAGUAGGGGAACCUGCCCCACAGAAUCAGUUUGCUGCAGAGGAGGCCUCCUCUUGGGAUUGUGGUGAAUUUACGGGAAAUGCCUGUGUAAAGACAAAGGAAACAGAGCCGAGUCAAGAAGAGAGGAGUGCUUUGGCAAGGAGCUCAGAUGUGGCAAACGUUCAGAGUUACAGUCAGUGGGAGAAAAUAUUUCAGAAGGAGAAGGAGGGAUGCAACCAGACUGUCAAAAACCUGAGUACAGAGGGAAAAGGGAAGGGGAAAGAAGAGCAGAGCACAACACACAGUGAGGGGGGGAGUGGGACCCCUCAUCGGGGUGAGGAGAGUGCUAUCGCUGCCAGGAACAUGAAUGGUGCAACUGGCCUUGCGCCAUGGCAAGACGGGGUGCUUGAAAGGUUAGGCAAAGAAUUCAAUAUUGCAGAAUAUAACAUGUAUCUGGUGCAUAACGGGGCUAUGCUGAUAAACUUUGGCCAGCUCGCUGCGUGCACCCCGAGAGAAAAAGAUUUUGUUUACGGAAAUCUGGAGCCAAUCGAGGUUAAAACUGUCCGCACUUUUAAUGUUCCUACCAGCUAUCGAGCCAAACGCUGCCACCUGAAGGACCCUUCACACAAGGCCAGAACUGAACACAAGAACGUGGACACUGCAGACCUGUCGGCUGAACAUCUUCCAAAAUCUGAAGAAGUUGGCUCGACGCUAUUGUGCUCCAUGGAAAAGGAGCUGAAGGGGUCUCUGAUCUCAGAGAGCUCCUCCACAGACGGCCUUUAUGUCGAUGUAGGAACACAAACAUACGACUUCUCCUCUGCUCCGUUCAAAGCUGAGGCGACUCUCGCUGACGUCGUCGCCGACAAACCUCGUGGUCUCUACUUGAGCAUCGAAGCAGAGUCCGUCACAAGACGACACAACAAAACGAGCUCAGCUUUCAGCUUCAUGUGUGGACACUUCUUCCGCCGGGAUGAAUACCGGUCACAUUUCAGGAAUGUGCACUGUGACAUCCAGGCCUCUGUGAACGGCUGGUUCCAGCAGCGCUGCCCGCUAGCAUACCUCGGCUGCACUUUCACUCAGACGAGGUUUCACCCCGAGGGUCAACGAGCUACAAUCAAAUUCUGUCAAGAUGCCAGUGCCUUUAAGCUUCAGCCACACUUCCCUGCGUCCCCGUGUGAUGGUGCGAAAAGCUUCACUCCUCAGGGAAGUGCAAGAGAUCAGGAUGGCCUGAGCAGGCUGCCGCUGGAGAUCCUUCAGCUCGUGGCUGGUUACCUUGACAGUUUCACGUUAGCUCAGCUGUCCCAGGUUUCCCGCCUGAUGAGGGAGGUGUGUGCUGCGCUGUUGCAGGAAAGAGGGAUGGUCUUUCUUGAGUGGAAGAAAAAGACAUACAAGCAUGGAGGAAGUUCCUGGAAGUGUCGGAAAAAAGCAAGUAUCCCUGAUAGUUUUAUUUCAAGUAGUGUUUUAUGGUGA